AUGGACCGCAAGCGACCCGGCCAAGCGUCCUCCUCUUCCGGUCGUGCAACGUACUCGGCGAGUUCCCGUGCUCCGGUAUACGCCCAGUACCGCAGCGAAUCACCUCCAGCAUCGGCAUACUUCUCCCAUUUCUCCGGAGACCACCAUGAGGAACCUCAGCCCACACACCCGGACGCGAACGCGCACUUCGCAUACAGCACGACGCUACGGAGACAUACUUUGGAGGGACCGCUUGGAAUCCCAGCGACACCUUCGGGAAGCAGCAUGCCGUCGUUAGGAGAACUCCGGGGCGCAAUGGAGACGGAGGGCGUAAAGGGUGUCUGGGUCCGCGACGGUCGGGAGGCUCACGGCUGC